AUGGCUGCUGUACCUACCAUCGACUUUCUGACGGCACCUCACCGACAUUAUCAUGUUUCAGGAGAGCCGGCCUUUGAAGCAGCAAUCAAGACGGCAAACUCGUAUGAUCUACCUAAAGCCGACAUUGAACAUUUCUCCAGCCUUCCAUGUUACCUCUCUUUCCUCUCCUCGAUACUGACAUGGACACCUACGGAGAAUGUUGAUGCCUCGGCAAUCUAUCAUCGCUUUGCGGUGGUGUACUUUGUGCUCAAUCAGCCGUCUGUGAUUGUGUAUCAGUCCCCCAUCCGCCCGCAAGCCAGCAAGGUGCCCCUGACAUGGUUGAGCACUUGGAUUGUCGACUUUGGCAAGGAGUUCGGUCAGUACAUGAACACUCCUGAGAGUAUCUCAGAGGAGACACUGCGUACAUUCGCUCAGAGUCCGAAAUUCAAGAUCGACGACUACGUCAAGCCGGAUGGAGGAUGGGCUACGUUCAACGACUUCUUUGCUCGGCACGUGAAGCCUGGAAAGCGCCCUAUCGCAGUUCCGGAUGAUGGCUCUGUACUCGUCAGUCCAGUAGACUGCACUUACCUGGAGAAGUUCCCCGUAACGGAACGUGCAACCGUCACUGUGAAGACUGUUGAAUGGAACAUCGACGAACUGUUCGAUGGAAGCAUGUACGCCCCACAUUUCGCAAAUGGCACUUUGGUACAUCUCUUCCUACAACCGCACGACUAUCAUCGUAUGCAUGCCCCUGUAGACGGAGUCGUUCUCGAAGCAAGAAAGAUUCUUGGUGCACAUUACAGCCAAAUCGAAGCUGUGCCCAGGACUGAAAUAGAUGGAGACCAUUCCUCGACACAUUACAUCCGCAAGACUCGACAUGUUCUGUCUGGCGCCAAUGACUUUGGCUAUCAGUUCAACCAAACGCGAGGCCUCAUCGUACUGCAAACACCGCACGGCCUGGUCGCCAUAGUACCUGUUGGCAUGUCAGUCUGCUCGUCCGUCGUGAUCAAGCUCGAGGAGGGAGAGCAACUCGUGAAGGGCGACGAAAUGGGAUACUUUCAGCUCGGAGGCAGUGACAUGAUUGUACUGUUCGAAAAUGAUCCAAUAGUAUCUGUUCAAGAAGGUCAAUAUUUGCGCAUGGGCGAAGAGCUAUUAUUGGUCGUGACGAGAAGACUAGCACUGACUAAUGCUGGGGUUCCGAGCAGCGACCAGGGAGUGCUUGAAUCGCGGGUCAAGCUACAAGGGUAUACGUUGGAUACUUGA